AAAGCAGUGGAAUGGGUGAAUUUGUUCCAGUGCUGAGGUGAGGUUGAGGGUGGAGAGAGAUGGUGCGCAGAGAGAGAGAGAGAUCCCUUCAGCCAGACUGUCUUGCUUUUCUUUUCACAGGUAAUGAUGAAGUGUUUUCACUGAAAGAAAGGAUUGAGUGUAGCACCUCCCAAUCUUAGCUUUAAAACAUAAGAAAGAAGGAAAGCAAGAAAGUGUACGGACACCAGCAAAGCUGCGUCAUGGCGCGCAAUACUUUCCGCUCCUGCACUUUUGGGCCGCAUUGUGAUCUUAAAGUCACUUUCUUAAAUGAUUCAGUUUGCAGGAGCAAGAGGCCCUUGGAAGAGCUUGAGGAGAGUUGGUCAGAUGUGAAGAGACCGCGCUGUGCAGAAACCUGCAGCUCCUCCGUGUCACCAUUGCCGCCUCCUUCCCCAAGCAAUGGGCUGGCAGCUUCUCCUGUCUGUUCUCCGGCCAUCAGUGGGGACUGUGAUUAUAGUAACCUGGACGACACCUUACUAGAGCCCUCGAAUGGGGAAAAACUAGACUCGCCCACCGGACUUUCCCCUGAAGAUGAGGAUAAACUCCUGUCCAGUGAUGAGGAUUUUCCAGGUUCUGUAAUAUCUGGGCAGCCUGCACAGGAAGUGGAGCACGUUUGCUUGGUAGCAUCUCUUAGAGUAGGGCAGCUUCCCAGUGGACUGGAGAAGACCUUGAGCUCAGAGCCUCUCCCUCUGGCUGGCCCUCCAGCCUCCCCAAGUGGUGGUGCUUGCGGGAAAUACUCUGAGAGUCAGGAGAGUGGGAACUGUUUGAACAUGAGCUCUCAGGUUCCAGCUGGACUUGAGUUAGGUUGCAGCAGUCCCACAGUUGCAGAAAUGGCUCCAGCUGUGUCUGGGGUGACGGGUCAGGAAGCUGCUCAGGCUGUGGAAGAGACUCUGCAAGCUGUACGCCAGCGGGUGGCCACGUGUGAUUUAAGUAACAUGCUGGCUGAAGGUCUGUCUUCCUCAAAGCAGCAAGAGCGAGGAAGAGCGAGCACAGCCGGCCUGCUGCAUGAGACCGAAGGACCAUCAGGCUCUGUCCGCUCCCAGGAGGCUGCACUGCCCAACUCUGCCAAUGGCAGCAGAGAAGCUCAGGAGGAAGUUCCCUGCACCGGGGAGCCAAAGAGGCCUACGCGGAUAUGCAUCCAAGAAAGUGACCUUGAGCAGAGCAAGGAAAAAUACAUCUAUGCUGUCCUCAACCAUGCUCGUUGUGCUGCACCGGGACCAGUUUCAGGCGAAGUCAAUGAAUUGCAUGAGCUGAUGAGGAAGGUUGCUGCCCAGAGCCGGGAACCCGGGUUCGAGCAUCCAACCGACCUGACUGUGAGGAACUUUGCCCAGCGAAGCAAUUGCACAGUCCAGCGAUUCAGCCUUCAGCAGUGGGUCGAAAGGAACAGCUACAACGUCCGUCGGUUUGCUGCGAUCCCCGAUCGCUUUGAGCGAAGCACCGCCCUGGGCUAGGGGAGCCUUGCCACUGCCUGUGUUUUUAUCCUGCACUUCAGAAGUAACCUAGCUGCUGACAUUCAGCCGGCUGACCUUUAUAUUGUUGUAUAAUUACAACAAUUUUUUAACGUUAAACCCCAGUUAGUGUGUGUUUUUGAUAGAAAUAUUUGUUUGCUUAUUCCUUGAAUUUCCUCACUACCUAUGUUGGAGGUUUCAGCUUUCUGCUUGAGAUGCACUUUGAUCACUUUCAUAAAUGUUUGUGCCUUUUAAGAAUCUUGUGGCACACUGCUCUUCUCCCACA